UGACAUGGUUCUAAACCGGGCAAUGAAUGAAACUCCAAAACACGGUCAUGAAAUAUACGCCGUGUGUCUGAUUGUUUUAGUCUGACUGGGCAACAAAUUGGAGGUAAACAUGGCAAGACUGAUUCACUAUGACGACCACGCCAUCAAGGUUCUUCAGUACUUGGAUCACCAGCGUAGAGCUGGAAAAGCAUGACAUGCAACAUAACGGUCAAGAUAGAAGGCAGAUAUUUUCCCGCACACAAAAUCAUCCUCUGUGCUUCAUCCGGAUACUUCGAGACCCUGUUCAAAGCGCAAACGGGAGAAACAAGAGAGGUAGAACUUUCAGGGUUGACGACGCAAGGUUUCUCCGCCAUGUUGGAAAUGAUGUACGCGUCUCAAGUUCAGAUUUCUACUUCAAACGUGAUGGAGGUACAAGUGGCGGCCAGUUACCUGCAUGUCAUGGACGUCGUGGCGGACUGUACGCAAUUCCUCACGAACAGCCUCGCGUCAGGGCACAUGAUGAGUAACAUCAUGGCAGAACGUGUGCUACAGUACCCCUCCCACCCUGCCAGAGUACUGCAACACCUGGACUCACUCCGCAAGGAACACCCUUCCUCAUGUGACAUUACCAUCAUUGUCAAGGACAAAUCCUUCCCCGCACACAAAUUCAUACUCAUGGCAUCCUCCGGAUAUUUACAAACAGUCCUAAGUGGUAAACAAAACAUAGAUGAGAUUGAGUUACAAGGGCUUGCACCAGAAGGGCUUUCCGCCAUAUUGGAUAUGAUGUACACAUCGCAGCUGCAGCUGACCGCGAAGAACGUUAUUGACGUACAAGUGACAGCGAGCUAUCUCCAUAUGAUGGACAUGGUCGCAGACUGUACGCAGUUUUUAACCGAGUGCAUCGCAUCGGGUUGUAUGACAAAUAAUCACAUCGCAGGCAGAGAUUGUGAACUCAAACACGGGAUUGCCAACCCCAACUCAGAGACUGGAAGCUUGUAUCAGUUAGCAACAACUGAAAAAUCCAAACACAACACUGAUAAUCCAAAUAAAAGUUCAUCUGACAGGUCCACAGUACAUGAAGCACCAUCUCCAGUACAGCAAAAUUGGGCCUUUAGUUCAAAUUCUUCAAACCACUCUAAUAACUCUGAGAGUGAAGUUGUCAUUGUGAAGAGAGAGUCUGAGGAUUUGGAAGAUGUGAGGACAUCUGAGGGCCAAACCCAGCAACAGACAAAUGCUCUGUACUUUGAAGAAGUCUAUAUGGACAGUAGAGGAGUUGGUAGUAGUGAAAGGGAACAGAGUCAGGCAUUACCAGUGUCAAACAUUCAUGGAAAUGACUGUCAUCAACAAGGACAGGGAAUACAGGAACUUCAAACUAAAAUAGCAUUUUCAGACAGUUCAGGUAUGUGUGGAGUCCUGACCCCACCCCAGAACCAGUUCCAGAGCCGGCUGUGUCAGCAGGAGUGUGACAUCAUGCACUACAGCAGGGAACACAUGCUGGACAAACAUGGCACCAACAACCUCGCCAGGAACUGGUUCAGGAGAGUGGUGAGAGAAACAGUGAACCUGUACCAAAUAACAGGCCUGAGAAGUGUGCACAUUGAUGAUGCAAUGAAGGAGGUGUUUCGUCGCUGCCCAUCCCUGAACCCAGAUGAUGUCUGGGACAUCCGCCGACAGUUCAGGAAUUUUAUUUCCAACAAGACUGGACAUCUUAGCAGGAAGGAAAGAGGGUACUUGGUACCAUCCAGAAGAGGGGGAGGCCAGAGAAGGACCCAGGACACCCCCCUGUCCCCUGCAAGUAGUACGUCCUCAGCCAACGUCCCUUCAGGAGGGGAGGACAGCAUGGAACCUCAUGAACAAGAAGAUUUGGAGUCUAGUGAAGGUUGAUGGAGGGAUGCCACAAGCUUUACGAUGUGCUCCAAGGCUGCAGCUGGUCAUCAAAAACUAGUGCAACCUCUUUUUAUAUCCUACAUGGCCA